AUGAAGUUGAAUAACGUCACUAGUUCAGAACUGGAAUGGAUAUCUCAAAUGGAUGUGGAUGUCGAGUGUUCACAUACGCGAAAGACGAGUAUUAUUGGCACUAUUGGACCAAAGACAAACAGUGUCGAAAUGAUCACUCAGCUUCGAAACGCAGGGUUAAACGUUGUGCGUAUGAACUUUUCUCAUGGAUCAUAUGAGUAUCAUCAAUCUGUUAUCGAUAAUACGCGCAAGAGUUUUCAAUUAUAUCCCGGUAGAGCCACUGCCAUUGCUCUUGACACAAAGGGACCCGAGAUCCGUACUGGUUUGAUGAAAGAUAACAUCGAUAUUCCCAUCAAGGCAGGUCAUGAGUUUAUCUUGAGUACAGAUGAACAGUAUAAGGAAAACUGUGACGACAAAGUCAUGUACAUUGACUACAAGAAUUUGCCUCAAGUGAUCCAAGUCGAUAAACUUGUCUAUGUUGAUGACGGUAUUCUAUCUCUUCAAGUCAAGGAAGUCCUUCCGGAUGGUGUUCGUGUCGUUGCCUUAAACAACGGUACACUCUCUUCUCGUAAAGGUGUCAAUUUGCCAGGAACCGAUGUUGAUUUGCCUGCGUUAUCAGAAAAGGAUAAAGCUGAUCUCAGAUUUGGUGUUCAAAACAAGGUUGAUAUGAUCUUUGCUUCUUUCAUUCGUCGUGGACAGGACAUCAAGGAUAUUCGACAAGUCUUGGGUGAUGAAGGCAAGGCGAUCAAGAUCAUUGCCAAGAUUGAAAAUCAUCAAGGUGUAGCCAACUUUGAUGAGAUUCUCGAACAAACUGAUGGAGUCAUGAUUGCUCGUGGUGAUAUGGGUAUCGAAAUUCCUUUAGAAAGGGUUUUUAUCGCUCAAAAAAUGAUGAUUGCAAAGUGUAAUUUGGCUGGUAAGCCUGUUAUCUGUGCAACACAAAUGCUCGAAUCAAUGACUUAUAACCCUCGUCCAACACGUGCUGAAGUAUCUGACGUGGCCAACGCUGUCUUGGACGGAGCUGACUGUGUGAUGCUCUCAGGUGAGACUGCCAAGGGUUCAUAUCCAAUUGAAGCAGUUCAAAUGAUGCAUCAAACCUGUCUAUUGGCCGAAUCGUUCAUUUGUUAUCCUCGUCUCUUCAACGAAAUCCGUUCCUUGACUCCUUUACCCACAAGCACAACCGAAACAAUCGCCUGUGCAGCCGUAAAUGCAGCACACGAACAAGGAGCCAAGGCUAUCAUUGUCUUGACGACAUCAGGAAAAUCUGCAGGAUUGAUUUCCAAGUAUAGACCCAGUGUGCCCAUCAUCGUAGUCACUCGUAAUCCACAAACAGCUCGUCAAGUCCACUUGCACCGUGGAUGCUUCCCCUUCCAUUAUCCAAAGGCUUCAUCCAAGGAAGCCUCAGCUCUCAGUGCUUCAUAUAGCACAGAUUAUCUUAGUCCCUUAAACCUUGCUCCAUGGCAAGAUGAUGUUGAUGCUAGAAUUAAAUGGGCUCUUGUUUCUCAUCUACUUUUUACUAGGUUGGUCGGACAUAAUGAGUCAGUUGUAGCUAUUCAAGGAUGGAGAGGUGGAUUAGGCAAUACAAACACACUACGUAUGCUUAUGACUCCUUAA